AUGUCUAGUGGGCAGGAGGGACCGGAAUACUAUUCGAUCAUUGAGCCCCUCGGAGAGUCUUCUUCGUCUUGCGGAUACUGUCAUUCGAAGUCGGAUUCUAGUCACGCAUAUGGAAUUUGGGCCCAUACCUUGUCACCAAAGGUUUAUCAAAUGAUGAUGGAUCGGGGCUGGAGACGGUCGGGCUCUUAUCUUUAUUUACCUGACCGACAUACAACCUGUUGCCCACCUUACACGAUCCGAUGCUCUGCCUCAGGCUUCCAGGCUAGUAGGGGCCAAAGGCAAGCGGCAAAUCGAUGGCGAAAGUUCAUCACAAAUACUGCAACCGAGGAUUCCGCCACAAAAAAACAGCAAAAACCCCAGACUCCGUUUGAUCUGUGUCAAGUUUUUGACUUGACUGGGGUUCACGGACAAACAUCAAGUACGAAAGGACUAAAAUUUGAGGUUAAGUUCGAGUCUGCUGAAUUUACUGAAGAAAAAUUUGCGCUCUACAAGAAGUACCAAAUUGAGGUCCACAACGAUCGGGCAGAGGAAGUAACGAAAAAGUCGUUUGAAAGAUUCUUAUGCACGAAUCCGUUUAGAUCUGAUUCCUCGGUAGCCCAACAUGCAUGCUGGUUGGUCGAUGGCCGGUUGAUAGCCUUUUCAGUCAUCGACAUCUUGCCACUAGGUAUCAGCAGUGUGUACCUUGUCUGGGAUACCAAUUAUGCCAAGUAUGGUCUGGGCCGGCUAGCUUCCCUGAGAGAAAUCGCCUGGAUUCAAGAAUGGAGAGGUUCCAAGUUUGGCGAACAGUUUGAUUGGUACUACCUCGGCUUUUACAUUCAUUCUUGUCCGAAGAUGACCUACAAAGCGGAAUAUUCCCCCAGCUACCUCCUAGAUCCGUCCACGUUAGACUGGAGCCCGCUGGAGACCUGCAUUCCGAUACUCAACGCGAGCGAGAACAACGUAACCAGUUUUUCAUCCGAAGUGACACAAGAGAGGAAGUCCAGCCUGGAAGAUUUCUCAGUCAAGAUUCUGACGUCAGCUGGAGCGAUCGACACUGUGAGAUCAAGUGACACAAGAGUUAAAGAAGUGGUAGAAAAGCUUGGGUUUGAGAUCGUUGCACCGGAUUAG